AUGGACAAGAGAUCUACUGCUUUAAAGGCCAUAAAAGUUUCAACAUCUAAGCGACGUAUUUACAAACUAAAGUGUCCGGCUCGGCAAUUACCAGCAAUAAACGACCUAAGUAUAGCAAAGAAGGAAAUUCAAAGUUAUGUUGCAAGAGCGAAUGAACGGGAAUCAAGCUAUACUCUGCUUUCACAACAGUUAGAUCCUCAGUUUGCUGGAGUAGGAAGGACAGGAAAGCACACAAAGGGUUUGAACAAAGCUAGAGAUAAGAAGCUUUUAGGUGAUUACUCUGAAAACGAGAAAAAACUACAGAGAUCUGCUUCAAGACAAGGAACACCGAAACCCUUCCAGAGUAUUUCCGCAGCGAAGAAUAACCCAACAACUUUUAAAAAACGUAAGCGAAGUACGGAUGUUACUAACGAUGAUUCACCAAAGCUUCGGCAGAAGGAACAGACACCAAUAGAACAAUUUUACAAAUAUUGCGAGAGUUAUUGGCGGCCAUUUAAAGAAGAAGAUAGAGCUUUCUUAGAGACCAAGUCGGACUCCAAUGAGCUCUAUAUAAUACCACCGCUUGGUAGACAUUACCGAGAAGUAUGGACCGCACUAUUGCCACAAAUUCCAAAUGAUAAUGAUGUUCGAAAUGAAAUAAGGAACCAUGAUGAACAAAAUACUAGUGAACAAUUAUCCUCACAAGGACUAAACUGUAGACAAUUAGUACAGCGAUUAAUGUCAACAAUGGUAUCAGAUAAAGUGAAUGUUGAUCUCGAACACGUUAUUCCAUCAACCGAGAAAGAAAUAAACGGACAUUUAUCUCCAGAAGGGAAUGGUGACAAUUUUGAGUGUUCAAUUUCGGACAGUAGGCUUGAAGAGGAAUUACGAUAUCUGGGUGUAUUGAAUAAAGAUGAGAAGAUUGAUUGGGAAGCCCGAGAGGAUGACGCAAUCUGUGCUGAACUGCGAAAAACGCAAGAAGAUUGCCUGAAAGAAGACGCUCAGAACACCUAUCGAAGACAGAAUCUUAUUAAAAGGUUCAUAGCAGCAAUGGCUUAUCAACAAUGUAGUGACUUCAUGGAAGAACUCGAUAAUCAAGUCGAAGAAUGUUUCGUUGCUCGAUUUGUUAAAGACAAAAAAAUAAAAAAGAAGAGAUUAGUUGUUACAACUGAAGACAUAGCCCAUAGUCUUGAUCGACGGAAGAAAUAUAAAAAAGGUAUUGAAGUAUUGUUUGAUCCGAGCGUAGGAUCAAUACCCAAGGAACCUGUAUUUAAUGAUGAGGACAUGGCGGAGUUUGUCAAGAAGAUGAAAGAGGAGCAUCGAAGACUGUAA